AUGGGUAGCAGCGAGGGGCAGACGUACUGUCUGCGGUGGAACAACCACAAGUCGAACCUGGUCGAGAUCCUGUUCGCGCUAAUCAAGAUGGAGUGCUACGUCGACUGCACGAUCUACGUGGACGAGCAGGUCCAGUUCAAGGCGCACCGGGUCGUGCUGGCGGCCAACUCGCCCUACUUCCAGUCGAUCCUGCAGGACGUGCCGAUGGACCACUGCAGCAUCCUGUUCCCGGGCGUGCAGGAGUUCGAGAUGCGCGCCCUGCUCGAGUACAUGUACACGGGCGAGGUGAGCGUGACGCAGGCGCAGAUCCCUCGGAUCAUGAAGAUCGCCGAACAGCUGGAGGUGAAGGGCCUCUACGACAUGGCCGACCUUAAGGGAGGUGGCGGCGGCGGUGGUGGCGGGGGCAUCGGAGGACGCUUCGACAUCGACCACCACCAGCACCAGCUGCUGCAGAACCACCAUCAUCGGGACCCGGCCACGAUGCUGUUGGCCAGCAACAACAACUACAACAAGGCCGGAAGCGGCGCUGGCCACUGCAGCUCGGCGGCCGCAUCCUCCUCGUCCGCGUUUCAGUCGGCCCCGUCACCCGGUGCCAUCGCCACAUCGUCGACGGCCACGAACGUAGUGUCGCAGGCGCACAGCAGCAGCUCGUCACCACCUUGCACCACCUACAAGUCACCCUACUCCAGCCUGUACUCGCGCAGUCCGGGUGCGGUGGAGCGGGACCGCGAGCGCGAGGAACGCAGCCGCGACCGGUCUGCCUCUUUCUCGCACUCCACCACCACUCCGACCACGUCCUCACCACACGCAGCCUCCUCCAGCGGAGCCGGCGCCAUCGCCACGACGAUCCAACAGAUCGGUGGCUCGGUAGCCGGCGGUGGGGCCUCCACAUCGUCGUCAUCGGCGGCGGCCGCCGCCGCCCUAGCCGCCGGCUGGCCUGCCCUUGGCGCCCAGAUUCCGGUCACGCUCGCCCAGACCCAGCUCCACAGUAUGCUCAGCUCGGCGUACGACUCCAGCACCGACAUGAACCCGCUCAAGCGCAAGAAACUCCAGUCGAUGUCGAGCAUGAUGCGCGACACCCCGAUCCUGCGGAAUGUCCUCGCUCAAGCCAACCCGCCCGACUCGUCGCAACCCCUCGUCGGUGGUUCUCCCUCUUCGGCGGCGGCGGCCGCAGUGGCCACCAUCCAAACCGGAAGCCUGCAUCUGAAGGGAUCCGUCCAGGAGCACCCGGAGCGUCCCAGCAGUCACCACUCGAACGGUAGUGGUUACGGCAAGUUGAUCAAGGAACCACCCCACUCACCGUACGCGGACAAGUCCUUCGAGGACGAGCUGCUAGAGUCGCCCCAUGGUGGCGGCGGCGGCGGCUUCGGUGGCGGCGCUGAUCCACGGCUCGCCUCGUACGUGCCGCAGCAUCAGCAGCAGAAACCGGAGUGGAAGCGCUACAAGCAGUACACCCGGACGGACAUCCUGAACGCGAUCGACUGCGUGCGGAAGGGGAUGAGUGCGCUGCAGGCGUCGCGCAAGUUCGGUGUCCCUUCGCGCACCCUCUACGACAAGGUGAAGAAGCUGGGCAUCACGACGGGCCGUCCGAUUAACCGGGCCCUCAAGCGAUCGCCCAGUUCCGGUGGCAGUCCGGCUCCGUUCCCGUACGGAUUGAGCGGGACGACGCACCACCCGCACAGCCACAUGUUCCCCGGUGGCACGGGGGGUGCCGGUGCACCGGGUGACCCUCACCAACACCACCACCAGCACCAACACCAGCAGCUUCCGUCGCAGUCCUCGCAGCAGCAUCAGCAGCAGGAUGACGACGAGUCGGGGCCAUCGGCGGCAGCGGCCGCGGCAGCAGCAGCCGCCGCAGCGGCCGCAGCCCUCGCCCAUCAUGAAGCGGCCGGGCGGAUGAUUAAGCUGGAGCACGGCAGUCACCACGGAGGGUUGCCACCGACGAUACCACACCCGGCGGCCGCACUGCUCGACCCGUCGUUCCUGCAGCAGGCGCUGGAGGCGCGUGGUGGCGACAUUGCGGGGCGCGAGGCACUCCACGCGAUGGCGUUUGCCGCGGCCGCCCAUGCCGCCGUGAACGGGAUGAGCACGUCACCCGGAACCCACGGCACCGCCCGCUCACCCAGCCCGAACGUCCUCAUGAAGUACAUGCGCUCCGUUUCGAUGAGCUCCCCGGAGGAUGCGGCCGAUCUGCAUCACCAUGGGGGGCACCACCACCAUCACCACGGUCACCACCAUCAUGGGCCGCACCCGGAUGAGGUACCCGGUGACCACGGCCAUCACCAUCCGGCCGGUGACCGGCACCAUCAGAAUGGCGGCCGGCGGCGGGAUGCCCUUGCCGACGAACUGCCGAUGGAGCAGGACUCGAUCGACGAGACCGGCAGUGAGUGUGGUGCCGGGGGUCGCGCGUCCUCGAGUGGUGCCGGCGGCGGCGGGGUCGGUCCGGACGAUCACGUGGAGGACCUCUCGAUGGGCCCCAAACGCGACUCGUCCGAAGAGCGGCGCGGUCUCUCGCUGUCACCCGUCAGUGGCGGCCACGUUGUGCGCCGUCUACCGUCAAGGUCACCGUCUCCCGCGCCGCCACCACCACCGCCACCAGUACCCCAACAGCCAGCACAACAAGGGGUCAUAGUGCCUGGGCCGGGCAAGCUAAAGGAGGACUACAACCUGGCCAUCAAGCGCGAGAUCAUGGCCAACGACAGCAGCAACGCGGUCGGCCCCACGACGGAGUCUUCGUAG